CCCAUCGUGACAGCAGUGGUUAUGAACUUCGGCCCAUAGAAAAACUCGUACAAAAUGGAUCGUUUGCAAGUUGUAUUUAAACAUCUUGGUAGCAACAGUCGGAAUGUGUUUCUAAAUGACGUCAGAGCCAACAGUUCAAAUGCUAGUGAUGUUGUUAUUGUUUCAGCACUACGAACUCCAGUUGGCAAAUCCAAGCGAGGUUUAUUUAAAGACACGUAUCCUGAUGAUCUGCUAUCUGCUGUGUUUACAGCUGUUAUUCGCGAUGUCGGAAUUGAUCCGUAUGAAAUUGGAGACAUCUGUGUUGGAACUGUUAAUGAUACAAAACCAGCCUUUACCGCUAGGACCGCUCAAGUCUAUAGUGGAAUUCCAACGAGUGUUCCGGUGUACACAACAAACCGCCAGUGUUCAUCUGGGUUGCAAGCCUUCAUCAAUGUGGCCAACAGCAUAUCCACUGGAGUGUGUGACAUAGGACUUGCUGCCGGGGUGGAAUCCUUGUCGAAGUUUCCAAUGGGUGCGUCUGGAGGUUUCGACCUCAAUAAGAAAGUAUUUGAGGUUGAAAAGGCAGCAGAGUGUUUAAUUCCUAUGGGGAUUACCUCAGAAAAUGUUGCUGAACGGUUUGGCGUGACACGAUUAAAACAAGAUCAGUUUUCUAUGGAAUCACACAAAAAAGCAUACACUGCACAGAAGACUGGGGCUUUUGAUGCUGAAAUCAUUCCUGUGACAACUACAGUUAUUGACGAACAAGGCGAAGAGAAAACCGUGACAGUUACCCAAGAUGAAGGCAUUCGACCCAACACCACACUAGAGGGACUUGCUAAACUGAAGCCAGCUUUUAAAGAAGGUGGUUCCACAACAGCAGGUAACUCGAGUCAGAUCAGCGACGGGGCGGCCGCGUGUCUCGUGUGUCGUCGGUCUGAGGCCGAGAGACGGCGCUGGCCGAUACUUGGAGUUCUCCGCUCCUUCGCGGUCGUCGGUUGUCCGCCUGACAUCAUGGGCAUCGGCCCCGCCAUCGCCAUUCCUAGAGCACUCGAGAAAGCAGGACUGACUAUAAAUGAUAUUGACAUUUAUGAAAUUAACGAGGCGUUUGCCAGUCAGGCAGUUUACUGUGUUGAGAAACUGGGCAUACCGUUUGAGAAGGUCAACCCCAAGGGGGGAGCUGUUGCACUCGGACAUCCCUUGGGGUGCACCGGGGCCAGGCAGAUUGCUACUCUCCUACAUGAACUGAAGCGCAGAGGCAAAAGGAGCUAUGGUGUCGUGUCAAUGUGUAUAGGAACAGGGAUGGGAGCAGCAGCAGUAUUCGAACAUCCUGGCCGUUGAGACUGAAGUAGAUGAUGUGUCGACAGAGUAUCUCUUGAAAUCAGACAAAAUGAAGUAGACCGGCAGUGUGUCACCUGACACAGACAGAUAAUUAACAAAUCAUCUGAAUGAAUACACAGUGAUUGUUAUGACUAAUAAUGCAAGAGAAACAACGUGAUUUAAAGGAGCUGUAUCGGUUAAAAGAUUAUACCUGUCUAUACAAAAUUAAAACCAAAUAGUUUAAUUUACAAGCAGAAAAACUAAAAAUUUAAACAUUUAUCGCUGAUGAUCCGCAGAUUAAUGGUGUACAUUUUCCAACCAUUAGGCACAAAUCUUUCACAGCAAUAAAUUGGUUGCUGUUUUCAUGGUUAUGUGAUAUAGAUUUUGUACCAAGAACUCUUUGAGGAAAUCACUGAAUGACAGCACAUUACAAUAAUUUCAAUAUUCUCGAGUUAAUUAUGCAAAUACAUGCAUCAUGUGUGACAUAAAUUUGUAGUUGUUUGCUACAGGUAAAUGUAAACACAGUGAUCUAUGGCACUUGCAGCUAGGAUAAUGCACCUUUCAAUGAGAUUUAUUUCAUUAGUAAACUAGACUGGCAAACAGCUUAUAGGCUGGGGCUAGCAUAAAUGUGUAGUUUUGUAACAGGGUUUUAAUGAAGUAAUAAUUACGCGUGUUGAUAACCUAGCUGGCAUUUCCGACUUGUAUACAGUCAUUACAAAUACAGAAUUUACUUCGGACUAAAGAAAAUUCCUAAAAUUUAAGGCACAUGUGGAGGAAGUGGUUUAGACUGUAGCAAAUGAAGUUUCAUGGGGAAUUGGGUCAAGCUUCCUCGAGAAAAUAAAUAUAUUUUUUAAUCUGCCUAAAAGGAAAAACAAAAUGGAUGUCAAACUACAGAUGUCCAGUGGGAUGCAGACAUAUUGAUACAAUAAAAUCCAAACAGAUGAUUUUCACUUCAUAUAUAUAUAAAUAUAUGUUAUAGUGUGUGUACAUUUUAAUUUUGUUAUAUAUUUUUUUAUUACUAUAACAUCAUCUUGUGAUACUUGUUGUGGCUUUUGUUUUCUCUCUCAGUUUAGAGUUUAGCUACAGAAAUCAAAUGGAAAACUUAUAAAUUUGUUAAAAAAAACAUGUCCAAAGUGGAGAUUGGUCUUUAAUUUUAAACUUAGGGAAUGGGAAAUUCCCCUCAUGCAAUGCCUACAGAUAUCAAGCUCUAAUUUUGUGUAUAGCUUUAUCAUGUACUAUUACAGAUAAAGUUUGACUUUCAGUGUGAUUUGUUUGGCUCUGUACGGGACAUGUACUUGUCUUGGCUUUGCAGUACUCUCAUAAUGCUGUACAUUUCUUAGUACUGUCAAAUACUUUAUUUUUACAGGAUCAAAUCUUCGCGAUUAAAUGAAAAUGAGUCAGUUUGCGAGAAUUUAUUUUCGCGAAUCCCGAAUCCCAUUCCCCAAUAAAAAACUUGAAGUACCAGUUCUGAUGUCAAUAAUUUUGACAUUUAUUUUGUUUACAAAAUACUGUAAGCUUUUGCAAGGUGUUUAGGCUACCCUGUGCGAUUUUUCGUAAUCUUCAAAUUUGUUAUAAAAAAACAAACCUGAAAACAAAACAAAAUUUGAAGGCGCGAUGCAUAUAAAAGACCCUUAACUGUAAAUAAAAUAUGUGUGAGUAUUGUUAAAAAUAAAACAUUUCUUUCUUUGUUAACCCAUUAAUAAAGAAAGGAUUAAAUUAAUAACAAAACAAGUAAUUUACUGGCAUUUCAGAUUUAUUUUACAAGAAUUAACAAGUAAAAAAAUCCAAUAAUGAAGAAAUAUAGUUUCUUUCCAAGACACUUGGAAACAUAUCUUUAAAAUGUAUUACACAGGAAACAGUUUUAUUUUGAAACAGUUCUAUAUUCCUACUCAACACAGAUACUUCAUCAUCUGAGCUGAUGAAAAACAAGUGUAGACAACAAUCAAAUAGAAAAUAUAGAACAAUUAACAGUUGAACUUUGACCUGCUGAACAAGCACAUCAAUGUCAAAUAAUACUGAUCCUCUGUACCCGGGGUUUACAAUGAACAAACAACUCGUAAUUUGGCAGACUUCAUUUAAACACACACCAGCCAAAUUUGUUAGCAACAAAAUGAACGUUCAUUAAACAAGAUAUAUCUUUAAAAGUUUUCAGAUAAUUUUAUUAUAAAAAUAUAUUCUGAAUUCCACUGAAAAAGCACCAGUUAGAUUUGGGUUUUUUUGUUGUUGUUUUUUUGGGGGGGGGGGGGGGGGGGGGGGGGUAUGCAAAGAAAUAAUAAUAAAUACAUUUAACUAUUUUGAUUAACUGGAUGUAUUCAGGUAGGCAGUAAAUAACCUGCACAUUUAUAGACCAGGGUUUCGGUUGUGUGUUUUAUAGCAAACUCUCACACAUGUGAUACCAAUAACAACUGAAAAUUGUGUUGGGUGCAUUUUCAAUGAAAUUCAGUAUAGUAUGUUCACAUUAGUUUUCACUUAGAGAAUGACAGCGUCAACUUUAUUUACUUAUAAAUGGAAUUGAGCCCCAUUUUACUAAGCGAUUUUAGUGUUAAGAUCACCUAAAGUGCAUACGGUAGCUAUACACUUAUGGUGAUCUUAGUGUUAAGAUUGCUUCAUAAAACAAGGCCCAAAUACCCAUUUAAUAAUAAAAUAAUAUGUAAAAAUCUAAAAAGUCUUUACAUUUAAAUAAACAAUUUUUUCAAUAUUUCAGAUCAAUCCAUUUACUUUGUGAAAAUUACUGUAGUGACCCCCCCCCUCCCCCCCC